AUGGACGUGCACAUCUCCGAGGAGUACGUCGCCUGCCGGCGGAAGGAGAGAAUGCAGCUCCGCCUCGGAGCUGCGUGCUCGCCGGAAAAGAUGGCGGAGGACCGGAGGUUUCCGGCGUCGCCCCCCGCCUUCUGGCUCCUCGCCAAGGAGCAGGCCGGAGCUUUCCUCGCCGGCGCGGCCCGCAUCGGCGGCGAGGAGAUGGUCUUCAGCUGCUCCUCCCCCUAG